GUUCGGCAGCUGCUCCAGAGGAACCCUGACAGCCACGUCAUCGCCACGUGUCGCAAUCCUGCAGCAGCAGCGGCGCUACAGGAGCUCCAGAGUAGCAGCGGGGAUCGGAUGACCGUUCUUCCCCUGGACGUUACUGAUGAGGCAACCAUCGAGGAAGCUGCACGGCAUGUGUCAGCCACUUGGGGGCACCUCAACCUCCUCAUCAACGCAUCAGGCCUCCUCCACAUGCCGGGCGCCAUGAGACCAGAGACAUCUAUGAAAGCACUCACGCCACAGGCCUUGCUCACCAGCUUCCAGGUCAACGCAAUGGGACCGGCGCUGGUCAUCAAGAACAUGGCGCCAUUGCUGGCAGUGGGAGGAGGCGCAGCGGCAGGGAGGGAGGUGGCAGUGGCAGCGAGCAUGAGCGCACGGGUGUCCUCGAUAGGCGAUAACCGGCUGGGUGGGUGGCAUUCCUACCGCGCUUCAAAGACUGCUCUCAACCAGCGUGAGUUGUCCAGCCUUCCCCCCAGUGGUCCGUACUAUGUCUAUCAAGUUGGCAGCAAAGAAGCAGCCAGUUGCCACCAUCCUCCUCCAGCUCCCUUCUCCCCUCUCCACCCCCCUUCUCCCCUCUCCACCGCCCUUCUCCCCUCUCCACCCCCCUUCUCCCCUCUCCACCCCUCUUCUCCCCUCUCCACCGCCCUUCUCCCCUCUCCACCCCCCUUCUCCCCUCUCCACCGCCCUUCUCCCCUCUCCACCCCCCUUUACCCCUCUCCACCACCCUUCUCCCCUCUCCACCCCCCUUCUCCCCUCUCCACCCCCCUUCUCCCCUCUCCACCCCCCUUCUCCCCUCUCCCCUCUCCUCUCCCCCAGUGGUCCGCACUAUGUCUAUCGAGUUGGCAGCAAAGAAGCAGCCAGUUGCCACCAUCCUCCUCCAGCCCCCUUCUCCCCUCUCCACCUCCCCUCUCCCCUCUCCACCUUACCCACCCUCUCCUCUCCCCUCCCCCAGUGGUCCGCACAAUGUCGAUAGAAUUGGCAGCAAAGAAACAGCCAGUUUCUGCCAUCCUUCUCCACCCAGGAACAGUGGACACAGAUAUGUCCAAGCCCUUCCAGAGGGCUGUGCCGCCCGGAAAGCUCUUCACGCGAGAGUUUGCCGCCCAGAAGCUGCUGGGGAUCAUAGACAGGGUCAGUGCAGGCGAUAAUGGAAAGUUUUUUGCAUGGGAUGGGCAGGAAAUUUCUUGGUAG